AUGGCAGCGUUGAGGCAGGAGCAUAGUUAUGGUCUCUCAGGUGCUCAAAUCAGCAAAAACACCACCAACCAAAGUUUGUACCACAUUAAGCUGACUGACAGUGCGGUCCAGAUAUUGGAAACUUAUCAGAACCUGAAGACUUCACUAUCAAACCAGCCAACGAUUUGCUUCAAGGAGAACCAGGUGUACAUGAAGAUUCCAGCACCAACCCCGGAUGCCCCUGAUGCCACAGAAAUCAUCAGGUUCAACAUGUCCAGUGAUGGCAGGGAGAACCCACAGUCCAGCUUUGAAUGCAUUCACCAGUACGUCUCAGGGGAAGACAGGGACCACCUGGAGAGCAUGGGCCAUAUUCAGGGCAAGAUGAUGGCUUGUGCCACAGAACAGUCCUACCAGACUAUGCGGGGAUCCUUGUCUCAGAUGGAGAAAGCCAACCAUAAACGCUCAGCAAUUGAGAUCAAGUGGAGACCAAGUAUGUUUGGAAAGGUCCAGAGGAAGCAGAAUCUAAUGCCAGGCUCACGCACCAGCAGCAGCAGCAGCAGCAGCAGCAGCAGCAAGAGGAGCCAGGUUCUCACCCCUGUGGCACAUCAGCCCUUGAGGGAACGGGUUGUUCAUCAGCUCGCUUUAAGGCCACACAAAAAAUCUGAUAUGGUGCUGUGGUUGGAGAGAGAGCGAGCCAAUUCAGAGGACACGGCUGAGCUGACCUCAGUGUUGGAGGAGGUCAGCAAUUGGAACCCAGCUGCUGACUGCUACUGUCUGAAGCCUGAGCUGUUUACACACAUCCAGAGAGACUGGCCCGGCUAUAAGAACGAGGAAAAACAGCUCAUUGACAGGCUCCUGAGUAGGAAACGGCCAUCACACCCAGACCUGUCCCACAAUCUCAACUCAAAAAAACAGAAGACAUCUGUCCACCCUGUGCCUUCACAGAUGCCCUCUCAUGGAGUUGGGACCUCUGGAAACCCCCACAUCUCAGCCCUGUCCUCUGCAUACCUCCACAAAGGCCACACAGGAGAGAAAGCUACAGUCACUUUAACCUCAGCGACUCCACUCCCUGACUAUGUCAACAAAUACAACACCAUCAUAUCACUGGAGCAGCGGCAGAAAUGUGAGGAGGAGUUUGACGCCAACUAUCACGAAUAUCAAGUUAUUCAUGACCGGAUCGCCGCUGCCACAGAGAUGUUUGUGCAGAUGAGCUCUCAGCUGGACACGCUGCCUCCUGGGACGGAAGCUUAUCAGCGAAUGCAGGACGAUGUCGUGGAAAAGUACAGAAUCUAUCAGAAAUGGUUUCCUGGAUAUCGAGAAGACAAGAAAAAAUGUGUGUAUCUUCACCAUAAACUGGCGCAUACGAAGGAGAGAAUUGCAGAUUAUGACCAAGCACAGGAGACCAGCGUGUGA